AUGGGCCGCUCUGCUUUUUGCUUCUUUCUACUGUGCCUCUGCCUCCAUCAUCGGAGCGUCACGGCGCAAGCUGAAGCAUGCAGGACAGUGGUGCAGGCAGACGUCGUGUUUCUGGUGGACGAGUCAUGGAGUGUGGGCCAGAGCAGCUUCUCCAGGAUCAAAGAUUUUAUCUCAGCGAUGGUGUCUUCCUUCAAGAGCAGUGUGACAGGAGCAGAGGGCGUCCGCUUCGGAGUCACUGUCUUUGGGGAUGUCCCCAGGAUGCGGAUUGCUUUGACGGACUACAGCUCUCUGGAAGAGGUGCUAGGAGCCAUCAGAAACCUUCCCUAUGAGGGCGGCGCCAGGAAGAUGGGCGUCGCCCUCCAGUUUCUCGUAGACCAUGUUUUCAGCGCCGCCAUCAGUCGAGACCAUGCACCCAAGGUAGUUGUUUUGAUCACAAACGGACCCUCGGACGACCCGAUUGACACCGCAGCUCGAGAAGUGUCCGACAACGGGAUUUCGCUGUAUGCUGUCGGUGUGCAGGGAGCUCACAUAUCAGAGCUGAGAAGCUUGGUGUCUCAGCCCUACGAGGAGCACCUCUUGACCUGUGCUGACUUCCCGCUCUUGGAGACCGUGCUUCCUAAACUGUCCCGCAGGGUGUGUUUCACCGCCUCUGAGCCGCCGCGGCCUGUUAAAACACUCCCGCCUGUCAAAGAGCCCAUCAUGGGUCCCAGAGAUUUACAGGUCAGCGAGCUAGCCUAUGGGUCAGUUCGACUUACAUGGACGCCCGCCACAGGGGACGUCACAGGGUAUAGACUCCUGGUGGUACCUCUCAGCGCCAGAGGACAUCUUGUCCAAUCACAGCAAAGACUGAUUGACCUGAAGGCAGAUGUGACAACAACCAUGGUGACGGAGCUGAGCCCAGAAACCCGUCAUUCCCUAACUGUGUACGCCGUGUAUCCCGGCCUCAUUGGAGAGUCUGUAACAACCACAGCACUGACAACACCAUUGCCCCAGGUGUUAAAUUUCCGUGUUAUUGAAGAAGGCCUCUUCUCGCUCCGUCUGGGCUGGACACCUCCUCUGGGAAAGCUCAAGGGAUUCAAGAUCUUCAUCCCAAGAUCCAACCGACCAGGAUUUGCCUACGAGCAGCUGCUUCCGGGAGACGCUUCCUCUCACGUGAUCGACAGCCUGGAGGAGGACAGGAAGUACACCAUCAGUAUUUAUGUGGUUUACCCUCAGGGACCGAGUGAACCUGUUUCCAUUGUAGGAAAGACUUUAAAGCUGAUUGCAGUUCAGGAGCUCUUGGUCCAGAACGCUACCACUGACACUGUCCAAGCCAGGUGGACAUCAGUUAAAGGCGCCACAGGGUACCGUCUUACCUGGGCCUCGCCAGAUGGCCACAUAGAGAAUAUUAACCUUAGGGACACCUUUAGCUUCUACAUGAUCCAGGGCCUCCAUGCGGGCACUGAGUACACCAUGACCAUGAAUCCUAUCUUUGGAGACAUAGAGGGGCCGGUUACGUCCACACAAGUCAAGACAUUGGAAAACAGUGCAAUGCAAACGUUGAAGGUAUCAGCUGUUAGCACCAACUCUGCUGUCAUCACGUGGAACAGUGUGCCAGGGGCCACAGGGUACCGCCUGGCUUGGGGUCCCACCCCAGAGUUUGACGGGCGGGACCGUCCCAAGCAGUUGGCUCUGAAUGGCACCACCGCAGAGUACCAACUGAGAAAUCUCGCCCAUGACACUGAGUACGCCCUUACUCUAUAUGUGCUCUUUGGAUCUGUGGUCGGGCCUGGGAUCACUGCUACCCUCCGAACAUCACCUCUCGGUUACGUGUCCAACUUUGAGGUGACGUCGUUCACCGGGACCUCCGUUGAUGUGCAGUGGAGUCCAAUAGUGGGCGCUACAGAGUACAAACUCUCUUGGAACACUGACCAGGGCAGUCCCCAGUCACGCUACUUGGACUACAGUGUUCUUGUCUAUCACAUCCGGGACUUGAACCCCCAGUCCAUCUACACAAUCACAGUCCGGGCAUUAUAUGGCAACACGGAAGGACCAGAAAGUUUCUUAACUCAACUCACAGCAGCUGGCGUGGAGUCAGAACCUCUUCAAGCAGUGAAAGAGGUUAAGGUUGUGGACACUGGAGUCAACUCUGUUACCUUAUCCUGGAGGACAACAGCUGGUGCAUCGGGAUAUAAAAUCUCCUGGAUUCACUUCAUGGGAGGGGAAGAAAAGUCCCGCCUUGUACCCGUUGGUGUUACAAGCUUCACAAUUAAGAAUCUACAUGAAGGUUCGACUUAUAAGAUUCAAGUGUCCUCCAUAGCAGGCAGCCGGGAGGGAAGUUCUGUUCUGGUCACAGCACGCACUUUGGAGCUUCCAAAAGUGAAUGGUUUCACGACAAUGAACACGACAGACAGUAGCACAGUUCUGAGUUGGACUCGUGCGGCAGGUGCCUCUGGGUACCUUCUUAGCUGGAGACACAUCUCAGUGUUUGAAACUAAAAAAGAGGUGCUGGGUCCUGGUUUCACCUCCUUUAAAAUCAGUGAUCUCCUAUAUGCCAGAACGUAUAUUUUCUCCAUUAGGCCUUUGUAUGGGCAAGUGGAGGGGCCAAUCAGCACUGUUUACCAGCGAAUAGUGGGACUACAUCCUCCAACAUCCCAGCCAGCAACAGCUGCUCCUCACGUCACUACCAACACCACAGUACCUCAGAUGGCCACUCGGGGCGCUGAGCACCCUUUUGUUGUGCCACCAAUUAAACCCAACACCACCAAGAAGACCCCAAGUCAUCACAAUACCUUUGAAACUGAAGCAACUGUCGUCACCUCCCCCCAGUAUACUGCACCUAGCACAGAGACCACAACACAACCUAAACCAGCUUGCAGCAAGAGAAAAGUAGACAUGGUGUUCCUGGUGGAUGAGUCGUCCAGCAUCGGUGCAAACAACUUCAACAAGAUAAAGGAAUUUAUCUUCCGGGUGGCAUCCUACUUCCCUGUCAUUGGGCCUCAAGGCGCACAGAUAGCUGUGGUCCAUUUCAGCGAUGAGCCUAGAAUUGAAUUCCGACUCAAUGAUUACAAAGACCAAAACGCUGUGCAGAGGGCGCUCAGAGGGCUACGCUAUAAAGGGGGCAACACCAGAACAGGAAAAGGCAUCAGCUACGUCCUGCAGGAACUCUUUCAAGAGUCUCUUGGCAUGAGGCAGGAUGUUGCCCAUGUUCUGGUUCUGAUAACAGAUGGAAGGGCCCAGGAUGAUGUGGUGCCACCUUCGAGAAUUGCUCGAUCUCUGGGUGUCAGCGUGCUGGCGGUGGGUGUCGCCAAUGCCGACCGGCAGGAGUUGAGUAGAAUCGCGGCCCCCAGCCGCUACAAGAACAUUUUUUACGCUCCCACCUUCGAUGACUUUCCUUACAUAGAGACAGAGUUUCUUGGGAGUGUCUGCAGCGAUGAACUCCUCUCUGAGUUCAAACUACAUGAAGAUGAGAAACUGACUCAGCUGGACACGCCCACUGAUGACCCAGACGAGCUGGCUAAACCUCGGCCUCCUUGCUCCGCCCAAUGUGUCAAGGGACAGAAAGGAGAAAAGGGAAGCGGUUCUGGUCUUGGAGGUCUGAAAUUUAGGCAAAGUCCCGGACAAUAUGAUCCGUUUACCUCCUCCAAGGGAGAGCAGGGAGAAAAGGGGCCUUCUGGAACAGAUGGCAUUCCCGGCUUGCCUGGACGGCCUGGAAGAAGUGGACUCCCAGGUUCUGGCGGCCAGCGGGGACCCCCUGGUGUGACAGGCGAUAAGGGUGCUCCUGGUCUUACUGGUCCAAAGGGCCAGAGAGGAGAGCGAGGAGAACCUGGUUAUGUGAUAGCAGGCCCGGAUGUAAACUUGAUCCCGGGGCGAAAAGGGGAACCUGGAUCCUCAGGUCCUCAGGGGCCCCCUGGUAUACCAGGCUUCAUUGGAGUCCCAGGACUGCCUGGCCCAGCAGGACCACCAGGAAUAUCUGUCAAGGGGGAUACUGGAGAACCAGGAGAAAAGGGUUUACGCGGGACGCCGGGUGAAAAGGGCGAAGCAGGAGAAGAUGGUUUCGCAGGCUUGCCCGGUCCUGUGGGCAUUGAUGGCGCACCGGGUCAAAAAGGCGAGAAGGGUGUGGAUGGCGUGGGCAUUCAUGGUGCUGUGGGUCCUCACGGAGAACCAGGAGAGAAGGGAAAUGUGGGUGUCGCAGGACCAGUUGGUGCAAAGGGUGAACUUGGGGAACAAGGCGUCCAAGGAGCCAUUGGACCUCGGGGAAAAAAGGGUUUCAAAGGGGAGCAAGGUGACAAGGGGGGACAAGGAGCGAGAGGACCCAUUGGACCGCAAGGACCCACAGGGCCAACAGGACCAGUUGGGUUAAAGGGAGAUGAAGGUCCCAGAGGAGCCCCCGGAGACCCCGCCAAGGGUAUUAUUGGACCCGCUGGAAAAAAGGGCGUUCGGGGAGACGUCGGUCCAGGCGGUCCUUCAGGUCCUCAGGGAAUAAAGGGUGGACAAGGAGACAAAGGAGAAAAGGGAAAUCCAGGUUUUGGGAUACCAGGGCAGAGUGGAACAAAGGGAGAGAACGGGGAGAGAGGAAAUGUGGGUUUAUCUGGAAAACCAGGACCAAAGGGACAGGAUGGCUUUAAAGGUGACAAGGGUGAUAUUGGGUCACUGGGAAAUCCUGGACAACCAGGAUUAAGAGGUAAAGAUGGGGAACAUGGACGUAAAGGAGAACAAGGGAUUAAGGGGGAACAAGGACCACACGGACAACCUGGUGACAGAGGAAUUAGGGGACCACUGGGAUUACCAGGACAACCAGGAGACCGAGGAGAAAAGGGUGAUACUGGGAAUGCUGGUAUAACUGGGCGUGAUGGACAGAAAGGCGAGCCGGGAAAACCUGGACCUCCGGGAACACAAGCAACUGGAGACAAUAUUCUGACGCGAGUGAUUCAGGGCGAGCCGGGACAUCCAGGUUUAAGAGGAGAAAUAGGCCUACCUGGACCAAGGGGUCCAGAGGGUAAACCCGGACUCCCAGGAUCCUCUCUGGGUAGUUCAGGAAGAGAUGGACUUGACGGUUCACCAGGAGAACCAGGCAUGAAGGGUCAGACGGGAGAGACUGGUGUGAAAGGAGAAAGAGGCGAGCAGGGUCGUAUUGGAAUUGCAGGAAUGCCUGGAUUACCAGGAACUCCAGGAAGAGCUGGCAUUGAUGGGAAGCGAGGACUGCCGGGAAAAGAUGGAGAGAGAGGACUAAAAGGAGAAGAAGGCAAACAGGGCGACAAAGGGGGCACAGGCUCAAAUGGAAAAGAUGGCAGUAAAGGAGAGCCAGGAGCACCUGGGUUGCCUGGGAAGCAGAUGCUCGUCACUGCAGAGGGCGCCACCGUCGACGAAAUCCGACAAGCCUUUCCCAUCCCCAUGGGUCGUCCAGGGGCCACUGGCUCUCCCGGAACGAAGGGGGAUCAAGGAGAAGGAGGCACAAAAGGAGAAAAGGGUGAUGCUGGAAACCCUGGAAAAUCACUUGAGAUGAAGGAUAUCGAAGUAAUGUUUGAAGCCUAUGGCAUCAAGCUGCCUUUGCUAAAGCUUUUGAUCGAGAGGCUGCUACAAGGCGGCAUGGACAAGCUCCUUCACGCACUUGGAGGCUCCAGGCAAACCAAGACAACCACAGAAUCGCAAACGUCCAACGCCGUCACAGAGUACACAAGUUCCGUGAAGUCUGACCUUUCCGGUCAGCCGCUGGUGGAACUGCACACCAUGAAGGGUUUUGAGUUGGAACGUCCUACAAAGGAUUCCUGGAAUGAUACUGUAGAGGCUCCAACAAUAUGGACCAUGGAGCCGCCCAAAGAACAGGCGGAGGCGCGUAAUGCAGCACUAAAGACGAUGAAUCAAACGUUGUUACUCAACGUGAGUGCAACUUUUAAUCAUACUACACAGCGCACAAUCACGGCGUACUUACAAUCUGACACAACAAGCGAAGAGCCGGAACAGGAGGAAGAGGACUUUUACGAUGGCGAAGAUUACGACCAAGAGGAGGAGGUGCCUGCAUCCCAAUUGAGGGUGAAGAGGAGCCCACCCUGGCCUGACUCCAUGACAGAUUUAAGAAUCAACACAAGAGGAGGGAGGCGGCGACACGUUGACAUGGAGAAGGAAGAGCGUCCAGUUGAAGAUGAUUAUAAAGGAGUGGGCCCUGGGCCUGAUGAGGAGGAAGAGGAGGAGGAGGUGUCAAGUGGGGACUGGGGUACACAGGAGGAAGAUGUAGACCGAGAGGGGGAUGAAGAGGAGGGUGACUUGGAGAGACAGGACCAGUGGGAGAGGAGGAAUGGGGAGGAAGAUCUUGGACAGCCUUACCCCCCUGAGUAUUCACACCUGAAGGGGCAUCCUGGGGAGGAUGGAACACAAGGUCCAAAGGGGGACAUUGGCGAAAAGGGGCAAAAGGGAGAGCCAGGCAUCGGCCACCGAGGGCCUGAGGGCCAAGCUGGUCUGCCCGGCAACAAGGGGGAACCAGGGGAGAUGGGGCUGCCUGGCGCUCAGGGCAUCCAGGGCAUCCGCGGUAGCCCCGGGAUUCAGGGUCUCCCGGGCAUUAAAGGCCCACCAGGGGACCCCGGAGAGCCAGGCAGAGAAGGGGAGCGAGGCAGACGGGGGAAAAACGGGGUGCCGGGAGCCCCUGGACUUACAGGAGCAGUAGGACCUGAUGGGCCUCCUGGCAUGACUGGGGUAAAAGGAGAAAAGGGUGACAGUGUUAUUGGAGAGCCAGGACCUCAGGGUUUGGCUGGCUUCCCUGGAAAAAAGGGUGGCUCGGGCUCCCCAGGUGUGUCGGGUGCUCCAGGAAACAUAGGUGCUAAGGGCAUGAGCGGCUACAAAGGUGCAAAGGGAGAAAGCGGCUUGCCAGGAGUCAGAGGAGAGCGGGGGAGUGCGCUUCAAAUACAAGGACCUCGUGGGUUCAAAGGGGCCAAAGGAGACGCGGGUGAAAGAGGCUCUGCGGGUUUUGAUGGCGAUAAAGGAGAGAAGGGCGAGGAUGGGCCCCCUGGAGUCAAGGGCUUGAAGGGGGAUGCUGGUAUUAAGGGCAUGAUGGGACGUUUUGGACCUCGAGGACCAGUCGGCCAGAAGGGAGACCCAGGAGAAGCAGGCAUCAAUGGAGUCAUGGGUCACAGCGGAGGCAAUGGAGUGAAUGGGACCAAAGGGGACAAAGGAGACACAGGGCUGCAGGGCCUGAGGGGUCAUCAGGGGGAUGCAGGAGACGUAGGAUCACCAGGAGAUAAAGGCGUGAAGGGAGAGAAGGGAUUCCGGGGCUUCCCAGGACGAACUGGGAGUCCUGGCAGAAAUGGGGACAAGGGGGAUGGAGGGACACCUGGCACCCCCGGCAUACCUGGCCUGAAUGGACUGCCUGGACGGAAGGGCGACAAAGGCAACGCCGGUAUCGAUGGCAUUACUGGUGACCCAGGAGAAAAAGGAGUAAAGGGUGCCACAGGUUUCCCAGGCUUCCCUGGGUUCAAAGGGUCACCAGGCAAACCAGGAAAGGACGGCAGCCGAGGACCACCAGGAACCCCUGGGCUCCAUGGGUUGGCAGGACCAAAGGGCGUGAGAGGUCGGAGAGGCAAAGUGCAGCCGUGUGAAAAAGGAGCGACCGGCUUGCCAGGACUGAGAGGACAGAGUGGAAUGCUGGGGAGUGGAGGUGUGAAGGGGGAGAAGGGAGAGCCUGGCCUCUCAGCUCAUGAAGUGAAGAACAUAGUCACUCAGGAGGUGGUGCACAAGUGUGGUUUAGACUACAAGUUCAUGGUCCGGUCAGUUGACCCCGAUGGAAGAACCGCAGACAGUGACCACCUUAACGAAGACGAAGACGACGUCGGGGAAGAGGAGGACAAGAUGGACGUUCUGCUCUCAUCAAACAGCACUGAUCCCGUUAAAGGCGCCGCCUUCAGGACGAAAAGACGGGUUUUUGGAUCGCGGGCCUCUGGGUGGGAUCGCUGCCUGGAGCUCAUGAGCGAAGGCGCCUGCUCCGACUUCGCCCUCCUCUGGUACUUCCACGCCCACUCUGGCGAGUGCCGCCCCUUCGUGUACAGCGGCUGCGGCGGAAACAGCAACCGCUUCGCCUCCAGGCUGGAGUGUCACAGCUGGUGUGUGGCGGGCAGGUGGAGGCCGGGGGGAGAAGGGGAGAUAAUGGCGCCUCUCGACAAACAAAACAGGGCGGCCGACCUUUAAUAACGGGUCUAAUUGCAUUGUCACAGAUGGCGAGGCCUAGACAUGAGACAGGACACAAAACUGUACAGGAUUCUUAUUUAUACCAAUAUUGGCUGUAGAAAAAUCAUUAAAUGUGUCGACUUUA